ACGCAGACGCCAGCCUCGGGGCCGUGGAGAGUGGCCCCGGAAAGGCUGGCGCUGCUCAGAGAGGAGAGUCUCCGUGACGGGACGGUCGCUAGGCCCGCCUCUCCCCCUGGGUGAGUCCCGGAGCCGUUGUCGCGUCGCCGUGGGAGCGGCCGCUUGUUUGGCCUGCGCAGACGCGCAGGAGGCGCCGCGGCCGCCUGUCCCGGAGCCCGGGCGCGCGGAAGGCCGGGCUCGCGGCCCUGUUUUCUCCUUAGCCUGGGCUCGUCGCGAAAGCUGGGGGACCGGGGUGGCUCCGUGGCGGCCUCGUGGUGGCGAACCCAGCGGCCGGGCCCCGGUGGUAGGGAUGGAGGAAAUAUCCCACGAAGCAGCAGGAUCACCAAGGGUCCAGUUUCAGCCUUUGGAGAGCCAGUCUGAAUGUCUUUCCCCAGAGCUUCAGUUUCUGCAGGACACGGAGAUGGAGCAGGGAUUCCCUGGGGGAUUUCCAAUUUCCAAGCCUGAUGGGAUCUCCCAGCGGGAACAGGAUCUACAGGUCUUUGAUCUGGAAACUAAGAAUAAAGAAGUCAUAAGAGAUGUCUGUUCAGAUGGAGAGACCAGAGAAGAAAACAAGCUGUUGAUCCCUAAGCGGAAAAUUUCAGAAGAAGUACAUUCAUACAAAGUGAGAGUAGGAAAAUUCAAACAGAAUAUUUCCCAAGUUCCUGAGACCAGAGAGGUUUAUAAGUCUGAGGACAGAUUAGAAAGGCUCCAGGAGAUUCUAAGAAAAUUUCUCUUUCUGGAGAGAGAGUUUAGACAAAUAACAAUCAGCAAGAAAAACUUCACCAGUGAGAAGAACAGUGAACCCGAAAAAAGCUUCAGUGUAGACUCUACACUUGAUGCAGAUCAGAGAGUUCUUCGUAUACAGACGAUAGAUGACAGUAAGUAUGACAUGAACUUCACCCAGAACCCCACUGCUGGUGAACAAGAACCCGUAAACCCAACACAGAAUUUUCAGAGUAGUGACUAUAAAGAAAGCAUAAUGGAUCUGUCCCACCUUAAUAAGUGGGAGAACAUGCCUACCACUGACAGAUCCUAUAAAUGUGAUACAUGUGGGAAAACCUUCCACCAGGCCUCUGCUCUUACUAGACAUCAGAGAAUUCACACAAGAGAGAAACCCUACAAAUGUAAGGAAUGUGAUAAAUCUUUCAGUCAGAGCUCAAGUCUUAGUCGACAUAAGAGAAUACACACUAGAGAGAAAUCCUACAAAUGUGAAGUGUCUGAUAAAUCCUGUGAAGCACCUGAGAAGUCAUGUAGCCAGAGCUCAGACAUGCUUCAGCAUAAGAAGGUUCAUGCCAAAGGCAAGUCUUACAAGUGUGGCAGCUGUGAAAGAGUCUUCAGCCGAAGCGUGCACCUUACUCAGCAUCAGAGAACUCACAAGGACAUGGCCUGUAAAUGUACCGUGUGUGGCAGUGACUUCUGCCAUACCUCCUAUCUAGUUGAACAUCAGAGGUUACAUCAUCAAGAGAAGUCCUACGAGUAUGAUGAAUGUGGGCUGGCCUAUGUGAAACAGCAAGGAAACCGUUUCCGAGAAAAGCCCUACACGUGUACUGAAUGUGGGAAAGACUUCAGAUUGAAUUCCCAUCUUAUUCAGCAUCAAAGAAUUCACACCGGAGAGAAACUGCAUGAAUGUAAUGAGUGUGGGAAAGCUUUCAGCCAAACCUCUUGCCUUAUUCAGCACCACAAAAUGCACAGGAAAGAGAAAUCAUAUGACUACAACGAUUAUGAGGAAAGUUUUAGUCACAACUCUGAGCUUACUCUGCAACAAGAAGUUCCUAUUAGAGAGAGAGUCUUUGACUGUGAUGCAUGGGAAGAGAGCUUCAAUCAGAGAGCGCACCUUGUCCAACAUGAAAGGGUCCAUACCAAAGAGAAACCUUAUGAAUGCAAUGAACUUGGGGAGGCAUUUAGUCAAGUUCAGGCCUCAUUCAGUAUGUGAGAACUGACCGCAGAAGUCAGAUAUGUACUAACUGUGUUAAUGUCGUCAGUCAGCUCGGCCCUUGGACAGCAUCAGAAAAAUCAUACCAGAGAGAAACCCGCUGAAUGUGAUGAGUAUUAGGAAGUAUUUUGGUGUUAAAUUCUUAUUGGCUCCUGUAAAUCAGUGCUAGACUACAGAGAACGUGGUACAUUCUUCAGCUUAUUUUCAUACCUUAGUCACAGUUGGAAAAUUUGUACUGGAGUAAAAUUCCACUGUCAAAUGUGAAAAAGCCAUCUGUCAACUACCUUGUUGGUUCAGUGUCACGUUUGUGCCAUGCAGAAAGCCUGUGAAGAUAGGGAGGGAUGUGUGUGCAGAAACUCAGUCAUACCCCAGUGCUUACUCACAUCAAAGAAUCUAUGUCCAAGAGGUCAUUUGGGUGUGGUAAACAUGGUGAAUCCGUGAGCAGGGGUCCAUGUGUCAUCAGAAUUACCAGGUGAGACUCUGGAUAUGACGAAAUGGUAAGAUCAGAACGUCUGUACCAGAUGAGACUGAUAGAAUACAAACAGUGAAACUUAACGCUUUUACCACUCUGUUUCAGGCCUUAUCCAGUAUCACAGUAUUGGAGAGAAAAUGGUUACUUCUGUGUGUAACCAUUCCUAUUUAGUCCUAGUCUUUCCAGUGUAGAAUCACUGAAUCCAGAAGGCAAUUGGUGAACGCAUUUUCUCACAGCAUCCUUAAAAAAGUAUUCUAAGAAGGUACGAGUAUUUUAUUUAUAGAACACAUUUAAGUGAGUUUAUUUUAGUUUGGCCUAGACACAUUCAAAUAUUUUUUUCUUUGAAAUUGAUUCAUGUUCACAGUUUGCCUAGGAUGCUGUCUUUGUACCAAUGUUGACAUAGCUUCUGACAGUAGCUCUGUGGGCUUUCUCUGUUAUUGUCCUGAAUGUCAAACAGUGGAGACUCAGGUCUAUUUUUCUGAGGACCCCACAUGCUGUUGUUUUAUAGCCACACCCUUGGCUUCCUGUUGAUUUCUGCAUUCUCAUAGGCGUCUUUAAAUGAUGUCCUGGUUGUAAGCUUCUCACUAGCUGACACUGCUCUUCUGUGGGAUCUUCUCUCCUGUGGUAAAGCUUCCUUUCAAGAGUUGUAUUUCCACAUCCGCCAUCCAUGUUUGGAGGAUUCCGUCUUCCUGAAUUUGUGGCAGGCACCCAAACACUUGCAAGUCAUGCCCGAGUUUUCAUCUGCCUUGUUUGCAUCCACAGCCCUCUAAAAGAGAUGACAAGGACAUCAGGGAGCCAAUAAGACUCCUGGUGGUCUAGCUACCUUCAUUCAGUGCCUACUUUGCAUGUAUGUGUAUGUUUAGAAAUCUUUUAUAUGCCUGUAUUGAAGGCUAACAAAAUGCUCAGGUCUGCUUUUGAUAGGGGAACAAAGAACACACGAAUCAGAGAACUCUGUAAGAAAAUACAGCCUUCCAAUAAGGAUGUUGCUGUUCUUAGUGCUGUAUCUAGACAGUAUUUCAAGAGAGUGGCAGGUCUGUUCCUGGUAAACUUGUAACCACUAGGAUUGCUUCUUUAUCUGUCUCCCUCCAUUCCCUUCACCAACCCAGGGUAGUGUUUUGAAGCAUAGGGCUUUGUGCAUUAUCGUUCAUGCAUUGCCAUCCUUUGUGUUGAGAUGCAGUCUUACUUUGUUGCCCAGGCUGGCCUUGAUUUCCUGGGUUCACAAAAUCUUCCUGCC